AUGGUAAAAGGGCCUAACCGCAUCCAGUUUCACAACAGUCCAAAUGACCUUCAAAUGAUGUCGGAUGCCCCAGUAUAUCAUUUAUUUUGUUUGCUUUGGCCAGUUGAUCCAAAUCAGAAAUCUUUACCAGAAGUUCUUAUAGUUAUUCAUGUGUCUAAGAACUCUGUAGCGGAUGGCUUGUCAAGAGGUAGAAGAGCAUCAGGUGAUCUUAUUCCCUGGACUGUGGCGCAGCAGUUUCAAGAUCAUGAUUUCCCCAUGCUGUCUGGUGCAAGGGUAGUAAGGAUAGCGACACAUCCAGACUAUCAGGGGAUGGGAUAUGGUAGCAGAGCUCUCUCCUUGCUGAAACAGUAUUAUGAAUUAAAGAUUCCAAGUGUUGAGGAGGAUCAGAUGCCUCAAGAACACAUUGAGAGUGUUACAGAUCAGAAUGUGGGCCUUUUGGAGGAAAGGAUAGAACCAAGAAAAUCGCUCCCUCCACUGCUCUUAAAAUUGAGUGAGAGACCACCAGAGCAUCUGCAGUACCUUGAAGUGUCAUUUGGGCUCACAGCAACUCUCCUUAAAUUCUGGAAAAGAGUAGAGUUUGUACCAGUUUAUUUGAGGCAAUUGUUCUUGGCCUACGCCUGCAAUACAAAACUGUGGAUAAUUCCGCAUCAGAGUUGGAGCUACCAACAUCACAACUCUUGGGCCUCUUCAACUGAACAAUUCGUCGACGUGUUCAGUAUCUAACAGGCAUUCUGGAACACUCCAUAGAACUGGGUCUAGUCCGAUCAAGAACUGAUGUCACAUUGAACCCCGUUGCCGAGAGCAUGCAUGAUGAGUUAGAGGAGGCAGCAAAGGAACUGAAGCUCAAACAACAACAGGAACUGAAAAAACUGACGCAAUUAAAGGUUCAGAAGAAGAAUGGUUACAAGCACUGGGCUCAUCAGGAAAGAAACAGAAAUAUAUUAUUUCUGUCAAAAGGUGACGUAUCAGUAAGUCAAUUUAAAAAAUAAUCUACAUUAUCGAUUUACCUCCUGCGUUCUCGUAUGCAAGAUUUGUCGAUUAUUAUUUUUACGUAGUUCCCUUGAAAUAUAAGUAGGUGUUUCACUUUACCUUUUAUGGUUUUUAGUUACAUAAACAACAUAUGUUCAUGAAGUAACAUGCAAUACUUACAUUGUAAGAAAAUUACGGUUUUGAGUUUUCAGUGGUGAGAAGCGGCCAACUGACGAAGAACUGUUUGAGAAACCUUCCAAAAUGAAACCUGAUCAUUAAUGUUUAUCUAGUCACAUCUUGAUUUUCACAAAUGAAUACAAGUCACAUGUGUAUAUAAGCUUGACUUGACUUUAAGAAGUAAAUAGAAUUAAUGUCUCAUUUAUAAGUAGCAUCAAA